AUGGCUAGAAAGGAUCCGCCUUGUGUAAAACUCUUGCGAGAGUUUGACACCUUCCUUCCUCACGUGGAGUGCGGGACGUUGACUCUGAUUGGGGCCACCACAGAGAACCCGUCCUUCCAGGUAAACGCUGCGCUGCUGAGCCGGUGCAGGGUGCUGGUUCUGGAGAAACUCUCUGUGGAGGCAAUGGGCUCCAUCCUGGACCGGGCUGUGGCCACACUGGGGAUUAAAGUCCUGGGACAAGAUCAGUCAAUUCCCAAAGAGCAACACCAAUCAGAUGAGCCAAAGAUCUUCAUUGAACAGAAGGCACUGGACACAGUCGCCUACCUCUGUGAUGGAGACGCGAGAGCAGGACUCAACAGUCUGCAGCUGGCUGUUCAGGCUCAGCUGAGCUCGGCCCGGCCCGACCCCUCAGGGCAGGGCGGCUCUCAGGAAAUACUGGUGAAGGAGGACCACAUCAAGGAGGGUCUUCAGAGGUCCCAUAUUCUCUAUGAUAGAGCUGGUGAGGAGCAUUACAACUGCAUCUCAGCGUUACAUAAGUCUAUGAGAGGCUCCGAUGAGAAUGCAGCUCUGUACUGGCUGGGCCGCAUGCUGGAGGGCGGAGAGGAUCCUCUCUACGUGGCCCGGAGACUGGUCCGCUUUGCCAGCGAGGACGUGGGUAUGGCAGACUCCGCCGCUCUUCCUCAGGCCGUGUCAGCCUUUCAAGCUUGUCACUUUAUCGGGAUGCCUGAAUGUGAGGUGAUCAUGGCUCAGUGUGUAAUCUAUCUGGCACGAGCACCCAAGUCUGUUGAUGUCUACAAGGCCUAUGCUAAUGUGAAAGCUUGUUUGAGGAACCACAAAGGGCCCCUGCCUUCUGUCCCCCUGCAUCUUCGCAACGCCCCAACCAGACUGAUGAAACAACUGGGCUACGCUAAAGGCUACAAAUACAACCCAUCCUUCAGCGGCCCUGUGGAGCAGAAGUACUUACCUGACGAGCUGCAGGGAAUCAACUUCUUCACCUGGACGCCUUCCGACCUGUGAGGCUCUGCUGCUACAGUGUGGUGUUAAACCAAAGUCUGCUGAAUGAAAACAUUCCCAUCAAAUAAUCACUUGUCGGGAAAUCAUUUGAAUUCUAAUUCAAGAUAAGGUAUUUCAUUAGUUGAUUAUAAGAAGAAUAAACCAUCAAUCAUCAUGUUGUAUUUACAUUUCUGUCAGAUUUAACUUCAUUCUGUUAUGUUAUGUUCUUUAUCAAGGAAACCCUAACCAUUUACUUUGAAUUCAUUUACUUAUUGGAUUAAAGUCCUUUUAGUAUGUUCAAAUAAAUAGAAAAAACAUACACAAUCUUUGUUUUCCCAUAAUCAAAUGUUUGCUUUGGUCAAUAUGUGUUUGUUUAUUUUCAUCCUGUCUAUGUGGCGUUGUCAAACAUUGUUUAAUCUGAUGUUAAUGUAUGUUUCUUUGUCAUGAAUAUAUUUGUUCAUAAUCUUUAUAUAUUUUUGAUAAAAUAAAAGACAAAUCUAAUAUUAAAAUGUCAAAUGAU